AAAAAAAGCUCUAGCAGUGGGACAUUGGGCGCAUCAAGAAAAGAAAACAAUAAAAGAAUAAAAACAAGGAAGCAGGAAUAGAAGACGAAGAAGAAGGACAAGAGAGAAAGAAAAGACCGGUCAGAGAAAACAAGUCUAGAUAUAUGGAAACGACGACGAAACACCCUGCAGGAGAAACUCGAUUUCGGCCCUCUUUUCUUUUCUUUUUUAUUUUGAUUUCCCUUUCGCUCGAACUGAACAAACGGUUUUUCGCCCGUGCAAAUCUGAAUGCAGGCUUAAGACGGAUCGGCGGAAUUUUGUGGCACGACAACUAUCUUACGCUAGCUAUGCUACCCUUGGAUGGGGGAGUAAGUAAUAUGCAAUAUCCACAGUGACAGCCUUAUGUUAUGUGCCGGAAACUGAUUGGAAGCAUUGCUA